GUUAACUCUGGUCCAUAUUUUGGAGAAGCGUUGGCUCUUGUCUCUGGAAGCAAAGCAGUAGUCUAUAGCAAUCCAGGGAAUAUUUACAACUUCACUGCUGCAGAGAUGCAUGGCAACGACCUCAACCUGACCGAGUGUGAAGUCUAUGAAGUGGAGGAACACACACAACUUGAGAGGCCUUGGAGGACUAUCCCCUGGGAGUCGGAGAAGAGGAAGGAGCUGAUUGAGAGUAUUAAGAUGUACAAACCCACAGUGAGCUCUGUGUCCCGGGUUCGGGUCCUGCUUAUUGGACCAGUUGGAGCUGGAAAGUCCAGCUUCUUCAAUUCAAUAAACUCUGUAUUCAGAGGCCACGUCACCAGUCAGGCCAUCUCUGGCUGCUCUAUCACCAGCCUCACCACACAGUUUCGCACCUACUCUUUGAAAGCCGGGCGAGAAGGAAAACCUCUGCCAAUCAUCUUUUGUGAUACCAUGGGACUGGAGGAAAGCACUGGGGCGGGGCUUGAUAUCGAUGACAUCAGCAGCAUCCUUAAAGGUCAUCUACCAGACCGUUAUCAGUUCAACCCGUCUGCUCCUCUGGAUUCGGAGGUCCACAGCUAUCGUAAAUCUCCAGCUCUGAAGGACAAGAUCCACUGUGUGGCCUACGUCACUGAUGCCUGCAAGGUCUCUAUCAUGCCCAAAAAGCUGGAGGAGAAGCUGGAUGCUAUCCGCAGAAAGGUCAACCUAAUGGGGAUUCCUCAGCUGGUCCUGCUCACUAGAGUUGAUGAAGCCUGCCCUCUGGUGACCGAGGAUGUGAGAAAAGUUUACAAGAGUGUCUACAUUAAGGAAAUGAUGCAGGAAGUCAGCGCUCGGCUCGGUGUGCCGGUGUCCUGUGUCGUUCCAGUGAAGAAUUACAGCGAGGAGUUGGAGCUGGAUCAGAACUGCGACAUCCUGCUGCUUAGUGCCGUCAUCCAGAUGCUUCGUUUCGCUGACAAUUACUUUGAUGAAAUCAGUGACCGAUUCAGCAACAUUGAAACCAAAGAAUAGGAAGUAUUGAUGCAUCGGAUGUAUUCGACUUUGUCCAACUGGAAUAUGAUGUCCAUCACAAUGAUCCAUCUAUUUACCGGCAGGUGAUUCCUUGAUAUAGUUCGCUGUGCACUUCCUCCUCUUGAGUUUCCCAAGCACCCCUUGGAAUGCUGGGACAUGUAGUGCCUCCAGUAUGUCCUGCAGCAGCACCUCCAGUUUCUGGUUUCAGAAACUCAGUGAGCUGAUCCUCAUAUUGAUCGUAAUUAUAUUUUUAGAAAAUGAUUACUUUAUAAAAAAGUGCUUCUUUCAUUUUUACAAUAUAUGCUAUAAUUUACUUAAUAUCAUGUAAUUUACAGUUUGUUUUUCCAAUUCACUUACAGGUUUUACAAAUGACUUAACUGCAGCUAAAACUACCGUCUACUAAUGUGAUGAUUUACACAAAAACAUUUACACAUAUUUUUGAUUUCCCAAACACUUACAACACUUCGGUCUGUUGAGUCAUGAAAGUAUCAUUACGGUUCCAAACGUUUUUAAGAGUGAAAGAAAGUAUUUCUAUAGAGAGCGACUCCACAACCAACACUGUGUCAUCAUACUGUUACAUCAAGCGUUGGAGUAAUAUGUUCAUUUUGCUACAGUAUUUGAUGUUUGUUGGAACUUCCCAGUUUCUCAGAUGUUUGUAGAGACAUAUUUACUGAUGUUUAUUGUUAUUCUGCAUGUUAUUUACAUUGAGCAGUGGUGGAAGAAGUACUCAGAUCUUUUACUUAAGUAAA